GAGACUAAGUUCUAAUUUCAUAUUUCUUUUACAAUAAGUGAACACCUCCCGUAAAACGAAAAGUGGUAGAUUCCAGACAGCGCGAAAAGUUGUUUUUGUUUUCGACCGUGCACGUGAACUGAACCAACUGGCCAAACGUAAAUCAACGUAAUUUAACCACCGUUUAAUCUCUAUUAAAACCUAAAACACUCGGAUAUAUAACAAGCGGGUCGUGAGGCAUGCUGAGGCGGGACAUGGAGACGGCCAGGCGGCUGGAGUUCCAGAGCAAGGCCCUGCAGGCGGAGAUCGACACCCUGCGCAGCCCACACACAGAGACCGAGGGCUCCGUGGCCGUAAAGUUCAAAGGCCGGAUGAAAGACGCACUGUUGUCCCUGAGUGGGAAGCAGACCGCAGAGGAGACGAUGAGGAAGAUGAGGGCGGAGGUGGAAGAGAUGGAGGAAGAUUUGGAGCGACAGACUGAGAUGAAUGGCAUCAGUCUGACCAGCUGCACCGUGAAGACGUUACACCAGGACGACACACGGGUGGUGCAGCAGUACUCUCUGGCUGGCAGCUGUCUGGACCUGGGCUUUCAGGUGGAGUUCCAGCUUUCUGAGGCUCAGGGCAAGACCAUCACCAAACUGGACAUCGUUUUGGACACCGAUGACAUGCAAAUCAGCAGCUUCACAUCCAGAGCGGAAGAGAGAUGUGAGCUGAUCCAGUUCUUCAGAACACUCCGGAGCUUCUCUGAGGGUCGUGAGGACCGGCGCAGAACCUUUCAUCACUUUCAGGAGAAGUACCCGUCUGUGGUGUCUCUUCCAGAAGGUUUGGUGUCGGAGGUCAUGACCCUGAGCCCUCCAGAGCUUCCUAGCUGUGUUCUGGCUGUUCAUUGGUCAGUGACGGUGUCUAAAGAAGGUGAAGUUAUACCUCAGAUCCACCUCCUGCCCAGAGCUCCCAAGAAAGAGUUCCUCAUGGAUUCAGCCGGGACACUGGAGGGCGCUCCUGAGUCCUUCCACAGCCUCCUCUCCGUCCUGGGGAUCGAAGCUGCCCUGGAGAACAUCAUCCUGGCUCUCAGCCGCUAGACCCCAGCACCUCUCCACACCCCCCCCCCCCUCCUCCUGGCUUUUAGCAACGCUCCGUCUGAUAUGAAAUACUGCUAUUCCAUAAGUAAUACUGUGCGAUAUUAAUAUUGGUAUGACUAACAGUUAGAAAUAAUACUCAGUCUGUACUGUACUUUUCUUAGAAUCAGAAGGCCGGUUUUUCUUUCAGAAACCCUUUAUUGAAUACAAACAUCUUCAGGCUUUACACGUCAUUAUUGAAAGCACUAGAAAAAUAAAUAAUUUAAAU